GGGCCUUCCGGGGUAUCCCGGCCCGGCGUGAUCCCGGUGCGAUCCCGGGCUGUCCCGGCGUGAUCCCGGUGCGAUCCCGGGCUAUCCCGGCGUGAUCCCGCUGCAAUCCCGGCGUAUCCCGGUGUGAUCUCGGCCCGUCGCUCUGUGAUCCCGACGUGAUCCCGGGAUAUCGCGGCCCGGCCCGUUGUGAUGCCGUUGUGAUCCCUGGGGAUCCCGGCCCCGUCCCGCUGUGAUCCCGCUGGAAUCCCGGCGUGUCCCGGCCCCGCCGCCAUGGGGAAGAAGGGGAAGCGCGACAAGAAGGGGAAAGGCGCCGAGAAGACGCUGGCGAAGAUGGAGAAGAAGGUGUCCCGCCGAGCCAAGAAGGAGGAGGAGGAUCUUGAAGCCCUGAUAGCAGAAUUCCAGAGUUUGGAUGCUAAAAAGACCCAAGUAAUUGAGUCCUCCUGCCCACCCCCCUCACCCAGGCUGAACUGCUCCCUCUGUGCUCACCCCGAGAGAGACGAGCUGAUCCUUUUUGGAGGUGAAUAUUUCAAUGGCCAAAAAACCUACCUGUACAAUGAGCUGUACAUUUACCACAUAAGGAAGAACAGCUGGGUCAAGCUGGACAUCCCCAACCCACCCCCAAGGCGUUGUGCUCACCAGGCAGCUGUGGUGCCCACGGCUGGGGGGCAGCUCUGGAUCUUCGGGGGCGAGUUUGCCUCUCCCAACGGGGAGCAGUUCUACCACUACAAAGAUCUCUGGGUCCUGCAUUUGGCCACCAAGACCUGGGAGCAGAUCAAGGCACCAGGAGGGCCCUCUGGACGCAGUGGACAUCGGAUGGUUGUGUGCAAAAGGCAGCUGAUCAUCUUUGGAGGUUUCCAUGAGAGUGCAAGAGAUUUCAUCUACUACAAUGAUGUGUACACCUUCAACCUGGACUCCUUCACCUGGAGCAAGCUGGCUCCUGCAGGGAUGGGGCCUGCUCCAAGGUCUGGCUGUCAAAUGACUCCCACCCCUGAGGGCAACAUCAUCAUCUAUGGGGGCUACUCCAAGCAGAGGAUCAAGAAAGAUGUGGACAAAGGCACCCUGCACACGGAUAUGUUCCUGCUGAAGGCUGAAGGGGCAGGCAAGGAGGAAGACAGGUGGAGCUGGAGCAGGCUCAGCCCCUCUGGAGUGAAGCCCAGCCCCAGGUCUGGCUUUGCUGUGGCUGCUGCCCCCAACAACCGCUGCCUCCUUUUUGGGGGGGUGCACGACGAGGAGGAGGAGGAGAGCCUUGAGGGGGACUUCUUCAAUGACAUUUAUUUCUAUGACAUCGGGAAGAACCGCUGGUUCCCUGCACAGCUCAAGGGCCCAAAAUCAGAGAGGAGGAAGCGCAGGCGUGGCAGACAGGCUGAGGCAGAGGCUGCUGGAGGGGAGGAGCUGCAGCUGCCACCUCCCCAGGGCCCCCUGGAGAUCGUCAAGGAGGUGGUGGCGGAAGAUGGCACCGUCAUGACCAUCAAGCAGCUGAUCCCUGGAGCUGCAGAAGACAAGGACAGGUCUGGCUCAGAGGAGGAGGAGGAGGAGGAGGAAGGUGGAGCCCUGGGCCAGCCCGUGGAGCCGUGCCCACGCUCCAGUGCCAUGGUGGCAGUGAAGCACGGGGUCCUCUACGUGUACGGGGGCAUGUUCGAGGUGGGUGACCGCCAGGUGACCCUCAGUGACCUGCACAGCAUCGAUCUGCACAGGAUGGACCAGUGGAAGGUGCUGCUGGAGAUGGAUCCAAAAACCCAGGAAUGGCUGGAGGAGUCAGAGUCAGAUGGAGAGGAGGAUGAUGAUGUGGAAGGUGCAGAGGGAGGGGAGGAAGAAGAAGAGGAGAGCUCUGAAGAGGAGAGUGAAGAUGAGGAAGGGGAGCAGCAGCACCCAGCAGUGCAGCCUGGGGAGGCCCAGGCCCAGUACCUGGCCAGGACAGAGCAGUACUGGCUGGGGCUGGCCCGCAGCCACAUGGGCCCCGAGGCCAAGGACAAGAAGGUGCUCAAGGUGGCUCAUGCCAUGGCCAAGACUUUCUAUGAAGAUCCCGUGCAGAUGUCCUGAGGCUGCUCCAGGAGUGAAGGAAGGUGCUGGGAGCAGUGGCCAGCCCUGCUGAGCUCAGCCCCAAGUCCGUGCUGGCUGCAGCCUUUCCCAGCUCUGGGCUGACCGUCCUGGAUGGAUGUUCUGGAUCUGCUGGUACUCCUGGGAGUGCUGUGGGAGGCUCCUGAGGAACAGGAUUGCUGUCCAAGCACUUGUUCUGCUUGUUCUGGGCUGUACAACACUGACUUCGUUGUUGCAAAGUUGUUUGGGGUCUGUCUGGACAACUGUGCACAUGACAAUGGUUCACUGGUCCCAGAUUCCUGACUGGGGCCAGGACGUGUCUCCAGGUUUUCCUACAAUAAACUGACUUGGUUAUAUCA